AUGAUGGUCAUUGUCACGGACUUUACGUCCCUGAGCGGCAAGCUGGGGAGUGCCGCCCUGGCGGGGAACAACCUGCUGAUGCAGCUGCAGAUGCUGAUCUCCUUUGGGGCCGAUGGCUUUGCCAAUGCCGGGGAGGCGAUGGUCGGCCAGGCCAUAGGGCUGGGAGACAGCCACCGGGUGCGCCAGGUCUUCGGGGCGCUCAUGUGCUGGGGUCUGCUGCUUGGUCUUGCCUUCACGGCCCUUUACAUCACUUGCGGCCGGCAGAUCCUUUUCACUUUGACCUCUCAUCCGGAGAUUGUGGCCUAUGCAGAGGCUUACCUCCCGUGGCAGUGGUGCGCCCCGCUUCUGUCCUUCACGGCCUAUCUCAUGGACGGCCUCUUCGUCGGAGCGACACAGCCGAGCAAGAUGCGGGAUGCCACGUUCCUGGCUCUGCUAGUCUUCUGGUUGGUGAGCCACGCACAGUCGAGUCUUUCCAACGAUGUCUUAUGGGGUGCAUUCAUGCUGCAUCUUCUGGUGCGUGCAGCGGUGCUGCUCUACUGGUACAGGGGUAUCGAAGUAGCCGCAGACGAGAGACACAGCUACUACCAGUCGCUGUUGCCGUCCAGCAGCACCUGCACCAGUUGA